UUCAAUCAGAAUUAAAAUGGCAACCAUGACCAGCGAAAUGCAACCCGGCAUGUUUUCGUCAGAUUUGUCUUGUCCAGACUGGCUAAAUGCUGAGCACGAAACUGGCACGACUAUUAUGGCUGUACAGUUUGAUGGGGGAGUAGUGAUUGGUGCUGACUCUAGAACUACAACAGGAGCUUACAUUGCCAACCGAGUGACAGACAAACUGACCAAAGUGACAGACAAGAUCUACUGUUGUAGGUCAGGGUCUGCUGCCGAUACCCAGGCAAUAGCAGACAUUGUUACAUACCACCUCAACUUUCACAAAAUGGAGCAUGGUGAGGAGCCACCAGUGAAAGUGGCAGCCAAUGUAUUCCGGGAUCUGUGCUACAGCUACAGAGACAGUCUGAGUGCUGGUAUCAUCGUCGGAGGAUGGGACAAACAGGAGGGUGGACAGGUGUUCACAGUGCCUCUAGGUGGAAUGCUGACCAGAAUGCCGUUUGCUACUGGUGGUUCUGGUAGCACCUACAUCUAUGGCUAUGUAGAUUCCAACUUCAAGGAAGGCAUGUCCAAAGAGGAAUGCUUAAAAUUUGUAUCAAAUGGUCUGGCCUUGGCGAUGAGUCGAGAUGGGUCCAGUGGAGGUGUGAUCAGGAUGGCUUGUAUCAACAAGGAUGGAGUGGAACGUUUCGUCAUGACAGGAAAUGAAAUACCAAAGUUUUACGAAGCUUAUUGACCAUAUGUCUUAUCAUCUACUGUUCUUUUGUCAGAAUUCAUCCAUUACACGUGAAAAACUGUAGACCAUGUGAUACUAAAUAUACCAUCAAAACGAAAUCAGGAGUGAUUGUCCAUUUCUAUGAUAGUGGUCUACUUUGCUCUAUAAUCAGUGAGGACAGAACUGUUUAUAUAGACAGACUACAUAGAUAUAAUUUAUUGACCACUACAAUAAUAGUGCUGAAUAACGGGAGUCUCCCGUUGAAAUGUACAUCCCUCUGUAUAUCCGAGGGAUUGUGCCUGUGAGAUAUAAAUGCUUCUGAAUCGGUCCUUUUUGAAUGUAUGACAUCAAAUUUUAUGUCCGUGUGCAAGUUAUUUCAUGAGAUAAUAAAACAUGUUAAACUUA